AUGGCUUCCGCUGUUCUAUCCAACCGGAACGAACCUAAUUGGCCACAGCAUAGAAGCAGUGGAGCAGGAUUAAUGGGGAAAACACCUUUCUCUAACUCUAACCCUAACCCUAACUCCAAACCUAAAUUAGGAAACAGCAAGAGGACGCAAUCAGCUUCCGAUGAUGCUUCCUCCAUCAACCGGAGAACGAAUGAUGUGAAUCAUCACUCUCAACAUGUUACCUUCAACGUAGCGUCGUACUCGAAGAAUGAGCUGAACGAACUCAAGCAUCGUCUUGUUUCGGAGCUCGAACAGAUACGUAAUCUUAAGAAUCGAAUUGAGUCUGGUGAGUUUCAACCUCAGAGGAAAUCGAUGAACAAGAAGAUUGGUAACAAGCGUUCCCUUCCGAAGGACUUUAAGCGGUCGAAUUCAGAGAUUGAGGGGUUGAUGAAGGGUUGCGGGCAGGUUUUGCAGAGACUGAUGAAACACAAGCAGGCUUAUUACUUCAAUGCUCCUGUUGAUGUUGUGGGAAUGGGUCUUCACGAUUACUACGAUAUAAUCAAGCGACCGAUGGAUCUAGGUACAGUGAAGUCGAAUCUCUCUAAGAACGUUUAUGCAACUCCAGCUGAAUUUGCUUCUGAUGUGCGAUUAGCAUUCAACAAUGCACUGACUUAUAACCCUAAAGGACACAUUGUGAACACAGCUGCAGAUCAGCUUUUAACUAGGCAAGUUCUUGGAACCAUGUUGAGCCACCAGAAAGGGUUAAGAAGAAGAGGGAGAAUCCGAAUCCAGUCCCUCCUCCAGAAUACCAACAACUAG